AUGGACAAAAAACGGAACAUACCAGAAGAAUCAGCUCGUCGAGCUCUACAAACUGCAUUUGUUGCUAAAAAUAACCAACAGAUACCUGAACAAAUAUUGAAAACAAUAGUCAAUUUUUUAACAAAUAAAACAGAUAAUAUACAAUUAAGAAUUGCUUGUGCAAAUAUUUUAUCGAAAGAGAUAGAACAAAAUUGUAAUUGUUUUAAGAUACUUCGAUUACAUAUUGUAUCAUUGCAAGUCGUAGCGUUAGAAUCAAGAAACAAUAAAAAUGAAGAUUUAUUGAAUAAAUUUGUUUUUCAAAUUUUAGAAAAAUUUGUUCAAGAAAAAGAUUUGUCACAACGGUUUUUCGUUGACUAUUCUGUUAAACUUAAAGAGCGAGCAAUCAGUUUAGAAGAAAAUUUGACUGCACAAGAUUUUCUAAAACAAUUAAGUCCAUCAGAUAAAGACAUUCAAACAGAAAAAGAUAGUUUAAAAAAAUAUCAUCUGUUAAAUACGCUUAACAAUUCAUUAGUAAAUUGUCAAUAUAUUGACACAACAAUUUUUAAUCAAUUUGAUUCGAAUGAGUGGGAAAAAGAAAUAUUAUGUAGUGAAUUAUUAACAGAAACAUUUAAAUUAAAUUCUCAAAACAAUGAAGGAAUAAAUGAAUUUGAAUUAGAAAAAUUUCGAAAAAAUAUUAAUUUAUUAAAAAUUAAUCAAAACAAAAAUGUAUUAAAAAUAUUAAUUGAUAAACAAAAUAUUUAUCAAUUUGAUCUUGAAUUCAUUAACGAUAUUUUAUUAAUGUUGUCAGAAUUAGAUGAGUCAAGAAUCAUCAAAGCUUUAAAUAUUUUAGAAAAGAAGGAUGAUAGUCUUUUUCUAGAAUUACAAAAAUUAUGGUUAACAAAAAGAUUAGAACAUUUUAAUAUAAAAUUUAAUGAGAAAAAUUUAAAAAUAUUGAAUUCAUAUUUAAUAUUUAAAUGUGAAAUAAUAAAUCAGAUAUUAAGUAAAAUAAAAGAAAAUACGAAAAUUGAAGAAUUAAUUGAAUUUUUCGUCAUAUUAGAAAAUUGUGGUUUAACACAAAAUACUUGUGAAAACUUUUUAGUAAAUGAAAUUGUUCAUAAAACAAGUAUUAAAAAUUGGAAAUUAAAAUUAAAUGAUAGAUUAGUAGGAAUAAUUUUAACGAAUAAAUAUCCAAUCUAUAAUAAUUAUCUUAAAAAUACGAACAAUUAUAAAUUAGCAAUAUCAAAAAAUGUUGUAUUUACUAAAAAUGCGUAUAAUCAAGCCAAUACAACAUAUUCGUACAAUGCAAAUGAUAUUGUACAAAUAUCAUCAGAAUGGAUGAAAAAUUUUAUCAAUAGUUUUAGAAUUACACAAGCGAUAGAUCAACAAGUUGAUACAAGUUUACAUGAUAUUUUAACGAACAUUUUAAAUGAUUGUAAAAAAGAUCAAACAUCGACAAUUAUUCCCUUAAAUAUUGCCGAUAAUCAUUGGAUUACUUUGGUAAUUAUUCAUCAUGAAAAUAAGAAUAUUGUAUUGUAUAAAGAUUCGUUAGGCAAAGAUAAUUUUGUUGAGAAAAGGAAAGAAGUACAGAAGAUCUUAGCAGAGAAAUUUGAAAAUAUUAUUUUUAAAUUUCAUAAAUCUUGUGAUCAAUUAGAUUGUUACAAUUCUGGAGUAUUUGUUUUGGCCAAUAUGAAGAUUAUUGUUGAACAGUUGAGGAAUAAUGAAAAAUAUUUUAUUAAAAAUUUUGAAAUGAAUAAUUUUAUUAUUGAAAAAGAAGUAAUGGAACUUCGUCAAGAAACAUUUCCAAAAAUGUAUGCUUUGAAUGUAUAUCAGUUAUAUAAGAGAAAAAAAGUUGUUAGUCAUCAUUCUGUUGAACUGAAAUUAUUACAGAAAUUACUUGAAAAGAAUAAUGACAUUGUAAACCAUUCGAUAGUUAUAGGAAAAGAAAAUAAACUUGAAAAAAAUGGACUACGAUUAUCAAUUGAAUUACCUGAAGACGAAAAUUUAGUAAAAGAAAAUUAUCAAUAUUUGUAUGUAAUUGAAGCUUCGAAAGGUUUAAGAACGAAAAUUAUUGCAGUUUUAGACAUAAAAGAAAUUUAUUCUGUAGAAGAAAAUGUUGUUAAGAUAUUAGAUCAAAAAUUAACAGCUCUUAGUAAAAUACAACAGAAAAAAUUAGAUCAAAGUGAAUUAACAAUUAAAACAUCUGAUAGUGAAUUGGAACGAUUAUUAGACGAACUGAGUGUUGAUUCUAAUGAUUUUAGUAAAGAUAUUUUAAGAAAACAUUUAAAUUUAAUUCAAGAAAAGAAAAAAGAUGAUUCAUCCUCUAUUAAUAUAAAUGUUUGUGAAUUAUUAAAUAAUUUACAUAAAAAAUUAACAACAAUUUUAACAUGUGAUUGGUCGAUUGAAUCAAUUCGUGAAUUAAUUCUUUAUCCAAUUUAUGAAUAUAAUUUAAAGAAAUAUGAUUGUAAUAUAAAAGGAAAUAAUUUAUUUGAUAUUUUAAGAUUAUGUUCAUCAAAAAAUUGGACAAAAGAAAUUCAUGAUUUAGCUAUUUUUCAAAUAUAUAAAGGAAGUUAUGAUAAAAAUUUAGAACAAUUAAUAACAGAAAUAUUUGAAUUAAAUAAACAACAGAAAAUUUCAAUUUUACAAAAUCAAGAAUUAAUAACAGAAUAUGGAAAUGUUGAAAAUUGUUAUAAUAAUAAAUCAACAAUUUGUCCAGAAUUUGAUAUUAUUAAAAAAUGGACAGCAUCAGAAAUGAAUGAAUGGGCUAAAAAAGUUAAACCUAUAGAAAAUGUUAGUCAAUAUUAA